ACCUUAGGAUUAGGUAAUUAAGGUUAGUCCUAAUAGCUAGACGUUGAAUAAGCUUAGUAUUGCCUAGCUAAAGCACUUUAAUACCUAUACAAAAGACUAGAAGGUGGGUGCACACAGGCUGCUAAUUGUGGACGGCCAUGAGAGCCACAGCUCACAUGAAUUCCACAAACACUGUGAGGAAGAGAAGAUUAUUGUUCUCUGUAUGCCUGCUCACUCGUCGCACCUGCUGCAGCCACUUGAUGUAGGUUGCUUUUUGCCUUUGAAGCGGGCAUAUGGUGAUGAGAUUAGUGGCUUAGCAUGGUACAGCUCUAAGCAGAUUAAGAAGGAGGCUUUCCUACCAGCCUUUAAAGCAGCUUUUAAGAGGUUAAUUAUGAAGGAGAACAUCUGUGCAGGCUUUAGGGGCGCUGGACUAGUUCUACACAACCUAGAGGCGGUGAUAUUAAAGCUUGAUGUGGUCCUUUCAGAGAGUCUUACAGUAGGUGAGGUAGCUAAUUUAAUAGCUAAAAGGGAGGGUAGUGGGCAGCAGGGGGGCAGAGAGCCUGCAAAGAAGGUGCGCACACAGAGGCGUUGCGGACGUUGUGGAGAGACUAGCCACAACACUCGCACCUGUGCAGUUGAAAUUGUCAAUGCAUCUAAUAAUAAUAAGUCUAAAUAGUAUCUCUAUCACCUGCAAAUUGUAGUAAGUGGUGGUGGUGUUGCAGCAUAUGCAUUGCAAUCAUCUUAACUCUGUUAGGUGGACCACUUGCUUGGGUUGGACCGCUCGCUUGUGAA